ACUGUGUCCAUCGCGUCCUCGGGAGAGGGCAGUGACAGUGAGUAGGCCAACGUAGUGUAGUCCUAAAUCGUAUAAUACAGGAGUUUUAAUUACCUGUAUUCAGUGACACCAGAUUUUCGGGAUUUUCAGUUGCCCGUUUUAUUGAGUCCUGAUUACAUCAUGGCAUCCCUAAUUGGGAUUCAAGAUUGUUCAAAUGAAGGACCAUUCCCCUUCAAAGGGGAGAAAAUCACAAAAAGAAAUCCGAUCCACCCACUGAAAGAGAAGAAUCGCAUUCAUAAUUAGUUAUCAAUACCAGAGACAGCAGAGAAAUGCUUACUAACAGUACUGUAGGAGAUCCAAAUAUGACUGGAAAAAAUCCAGAUGAGAGUACUGUAGGAGAUCCUAAUAUGACUGGAAAAAAUCCAGAUGAGAGUACUGUGGGAGAUCCAAAUAUGACUGAAAAAAAUCCAGAUGAGAGUACUGUGGGAGAUCCAAAUAUGGCGAAACAAAAUCCGGGCAACCACACAGGAUUCCCUUUAAAUGGAACAAAACAUCUCAAUGAAAAUGACCUUUGUCAGAUUGCUGAUGUUUCCUCUAUCCAACCAGUGGACAAAGGUCUCCUAAUUCAGAGGAGUGCAUUAAUUUUUCAAGGCAUAAAAGACCAAGCUGUAAUGGGGUUCAAUAUGUCUUCUACAGAUUUACUAAUUAGUGCAGAGGGAAAAGGUAACAGCUAUGGUGAAUCUGUGGAAGCUAUCUGUGAAACAAUUAAAACUAAAGAUCAGAAAAACGAUUUACAGAAAGAUAUAAACACACCUGCAGGCGAAGAACCACGUUUUAAAUGUGAUGUCUGUGGGAAGACAUUCAAUUAUGUAGGGGACUUCAAGAAACACUUGAGAACACAUACUGGUGAAAAACCUUUUGAGUGUAAUAUCUGUGGAAAACUGUUUAAUCAAAAGGGAAACUUACAGACACACACGAGGACACACACUGGUGAUAAACCUUAUCAGUGUGAUGUCUGUGGGAAGGUGUUCAAUCAUACAGGGAGCUUACGGAGGCACAUGAGGAUACAUACUGGUGAUAAACCUUAUAAAUGCGAUAUCUGUGAGAAGGCAUUCAGUCAGACAGGAUCGUUACAGAGACACAUGAGGACGCAUGCCGGCGAGAAACCAGAUAUAUGUAGUAUGUGUGGGAAAAUAUUCAGUCAGACAGAAGACUUACAUAUACACAUGUCGACACAUACUUACGAUAAACCUUAUCAUUGUGGUGUUUGUGGGAAGUCAUUUCAUGAAAAGAAAACCUUAAAGAUUCACAUGAGGAUGCAUACUGGGGAUAAACCUUACAAAUGUGAUGUCUGUGGGAAGGCAUUCAAUCAGACAGGAACAUUGCAGAGACACAUGAGAACACACGCUGGUGAAAAACCUUAUAGAUGCGAAGUCUGUGGGAAGGCAUUCAAUCAAUCGGGACACUUACAGAGACACAUGAGGAUACAUACUGGUGAUAAACCUUAUGUAUGCGAUGUCUGUGGGAAGAAAUUUAAUCUUAGAGGACACUUGCGCACACAUGUGAGGAUACACACGGGUGAGGAACCUUAUAAAUGUGAUAUAUGUGAGAAAGCGUUCAAUCAGGCGGGAUCGUUACAGAGACACAGGAAGACACAUGCUGGUGAUAAACCGUACAGAUGUGAAUGUGACACGUGUUGGAAAGAGUUCAUUCGUAGCGGAGCAUUUCAGGAACACAAGGACACAUACAUGUAACCCUUAUAAGAUAUAGAUAUCAAAAUACAGGGUACACGGCGGGUGUGACCGAUCGACAAGGGAUGCUUACUCUUCCUUGGCACCUGAUUCUGCCUCGGAUGUGUCCAGGGGUCCAUGUCUGCCCAUCUCUCUAUUUUGUAUUGCUUAUAGGAGUUGUGAAAUUGAUCGCUGUUUGUUAUCUUCACCUUUCAUGUGAUGUUCGUGAAAGUUCUCAGAAUUUUGCAGGAUAUUCAGAACAACACUGAUUUAUCAGACCGGUCAUUGUUUUACCGGACCAAAGAGGAUUGUGAAAUUUGUUUUUUAGAAUAAUUUAUUUUUAAUAUACAUAUAUAUUUUUAAAGAUAAACUAAGAGUUUAUGGACUUACUACAUUACAAGAGGAAUUAGAUUCCACAUGAAAAUUUAAUCAAUUGGUUCCAGUUUUCCUCUUCUCAACAUCUUCACAAGAUUCAUUACCUCGCACCAACCCCAAAACAUCAGUCACCAUUCAAAACAUGGGCAGAGGAUAAUGCAAUAAGCUAAAGAUAUCAUCCAAUGAAAUUCCUUGUUUAAUAUGUAAGUUUGGUAAGAGCAAAAACAGAAAGUAAACAAUGAUCUUCCAUGUCUUCUCAACGUCAUGAACAUUGCAUGUUGCUUUUAUAUGUAACGUAAUGAAUAGUUCACAUUUUCGUCCCUGAAACAUGUUAAAUGUACAUGUAGCUAUUUAUCAAUCUAUUUCAAUUUUGAAUAACUUGUUCACUUUGUUGAAACACAAUCGACAUAUAUAUAUUUGGGCAAUUCAUCGUUUUUAUGUGACUCAUAUUCUAAAACUUUGUCUAAUUGUUUCUUUGAAAAAAAUAAAUUCCAUUUCCGAAAAUCAAUUGACAGUCUCAAAUUUUACAUCAUGUUGCAAAUGCCAUGCCUUGCAUGAUAUGUUUCGUUUUCGACUGAUUAUAAAAGCCUUUGUCUGGUUGGCUCCAUGCAACAGACUGCAAACAAAUCAUGUUCCGUCUCAAUCCCAAUUUGUUUUGAAUGGUGGCUGACGUUGAGGGUUAGUGUGAGGUAACGAAUCGAUAAUGCUUCUCAACAGUAAUUUUCUCAUGAUCGGUUAGAUAGCCAUGAUUUUAAAAUUUGUACAAUGUACUUCCUAUCAAAAAAGACGCAUAUUUUUACAUUCAAAAUUUAACUUAAUUGAAUUGACAUUUUGAAGUAUGCUCACAACACACAGACCACAUCAUAUGUAUAUGUGAUAAUUUUUAACCACAAAUCUGUACAGUGUCUUGAGAAAGGCAUUCAUGAUUUUGAGUGAAAAACCUGUACACAAGUUUGCAAAAUGUGGUGCAAAGUCUGUCUUGGAUUUCUCAAAAAAAAAUUCAAACUUAAGUUUGAUUUUUUUUUUAUUCAAGCAGUCAAAAUUUUAGGAAAAUCUCUGACUUAAGUCCAAGUUUCAAUUUAAGUUGCUUUUGAGAAAUCCAAGCCAGUACAGAAUAUCGGUCAUAAAAUAGUUUUAUUUGUACUAUAUAUAUAUAUAUACAUACACAAGUAUAGUGCUGAAAUAUAUUUUCACAAAGUCCGUAAUUUGAUUUUAAAUAUUUUGUCAUUUCUAACUAUAUAUAUACAGUACAUUUGUGAUUAGUAAAGAUUAGAGAAAAUUCGGAUGUUUACAUUUGGUGAUACAAUUAACUUGCAACUAAAGUGAUCAUAAAGUUUACAUGAAAAGGGCUUAUAUAGGCAUUGUGCUUGCUGCCUAAUCCCAUUUAUGUACAUGUAUUUUAUAUAUAUAUAUGUCAAUUAUAUAGAUAUAUAUACAUGAAUAAAAUACUGAUGAAAAUUAAAAAUUAAAGUUUACGUGAAUUAUUCCAAUAUUUGAAAAAAUCAGAAUCUAAAAACGUUUUCAAAGUCUCAAUUUGAUAACGGAUGUUUUCUCAGAAAAUGAGCUUUUUAUCCUUGUAAUUAUGAUGUCAGUACAUUUCAGCCUACAUACAGUGACGAUGAUAUAUGUUGAAGGCUGAUAUUAUUUUGUUUACAUUUAAUUCAUUUGAUAUAAAAUCAAAAUUGAAAAUCUUUUAUAUGAAUUAGCAUUGACAUUCAGACAAUUAUGACUUGUCUUAAUUGGUUUUUUCGUGAAGCAAGUGUAGAACACUUUUGUCUGAGAUCCCGCAGUAGGACAUUGAGAAGCUGUACAGUCGCACCAUAGGAUUUUUAUUUGAGUGAAUUAAGUGAUAGACUGAAUUUAUAGAAAAUAUGUACAAUUUAUCAUUUCUUGUAAAUUUUUAACUUAACAUAGCUGAUUUAGCAUAUGUUUAGUCCACAUCAUUCGGGUGCUUUUUAGAUAAAAGAUUAAUUGUAGAAGCAAGCUUCUACCUGAUCAAACCUGAAAAAGUAGAAACUAAAACCGUUUCUGUGCAUUUGAUCCGAAUUGAUAGCAGUUAAAUGUACUGGACCACACAAUUUUUUACCGAACUUGUCUGAAUGUCCGACGAACAUUUGGCGAACACUGUAUAUGGGAAUAUAUGUAUGUCCAUUUGCCAUGUAAGGUUGCUUGAAUACUGUGUAGUGGGUUUUUUCCACGGGUCUAAAAUUUUUCGAUUUGCUGGCUCAAGGAGUAUAAUGCUAAAUAUUUUUUAGCAGGACAAAUUUUUUGGACAAGGAAGAGUUGUCUCUCUUGCUAAUUUAUACUGAAGUUGCAAUUGGGUGCAUAUUUGGCGAGUAAAAUUUUGGCAGAAAGAUAUCUUACCGUUAAAAUAGGCCAAAUUUAUCACCCUGGCCAGUUGGGGGAAAACCUGCUCAAUACGGUACUCUGUCAUUUUGAAUUGAAUUUGAGAUAUUACCUCUGAAUGAAUUUCAUCGACUUAUAAAUUAGUAUUUCAUGAA